AUGGUCAAGAAGAGAGCCUCCAACGGUCGCAACAAGAAGGGUCGUGGCCACGUCAAGCCCGUCCGCUGCUCCAACUGCUCGCGAUGCGUUCCUAAGGACAAGGCCGUCAAGAGAUUCACCAUCCGCAACAUGGUCGAGUCCGCCGCUAUCCGUGAUAUCUCGGAUGCCUCCGUCUUCGCCGAGUACGCCGUUCCCAAGAUGUACUUGAAGCUCCAGUACUGCGUCUCGUGCGCCAUCCACGGCAAGAUCGUUCGUGUCCGUUCCCGCGAGGGCCGCCGCAACCGUGCCCCUCCCCCGCGUGUUCGCUUCAACAAGGACGGCAAGAAGAUCAACCCCCAGCAGGCUGCUAAGAUCGCCGGUGCCCAGGCAUAA